GGAGGGGAAGAAGGGAUGCAGGGAAAAACAAGCCGCAGCGGCAGCAGAGAAAGCCUCUCUAUCGAUGGAGCAUCAUACCAUGUCUGAGCUCCGCACGUCAAGCUCAGAGAUAGACUUAGACCGGCCGAACAUUGAAGAGUAUCUGACCGAAUCCAUCCAUGAUACGUCUAAUCAUAAGCUCCUCCUACGCGAUCUGCUGGACAUCUUGCCAGCACUAACAGAAGCCGCAGGGGCCAUCGUUGAUGAUUCUUUUACUCGUUGCUUCAAAUCUAAUCCUUCAGAGCCUUGAAACUGGAAUGUGUAUUUGUUUCCUCUGUGGUGCUUAGGAGUGGUUGUUAGAUAUGGGAUUCUUUUUCCAACAAGGUGCAAACUUCCCUUUCUGUUGAACUGAAGUAGGUAUCUUGUCUACUGUGAAGUGAAUUGAAUUAGAUGUUUAAACUUAUGCCACCACAAUAUGUUCACAAUAAU